GAUAGACAUAACCCACUGGAUUUACUAUUGAAAACCCUAAUUCAUAAUUCACAGCGGAACGGGAUUAGGCGCUUAUCCCUCGAAUCGGUGCGGUUACGCUACUAGUCGACUUCUUUGGAACCACAUUUUAAAUAUUUGAACAAAUUAACACGAAACAAAUUGUCUUAAACAACCUUCCGCGCUAGCCGCCGUUGCCCGGACCGCCUCUUUGCCACAACCACGUUGGUACCGCUAUCAUCUUGAGAGGGGAAAUCUUGGCUGAGGUCCAGGGAUAGGAAAGCCAUUUAUUCACAGCGCUCAUUCGACAGGAAAGGGGAAAACCGCGCAGCAGAGGGAAUGUGCAUCACACACACAAUAGACAUUCUUCUACUCACGCAGGACAAAGGCUUCAGAUAAAGCUGAUUCGCGCGACCAGAACAAGCUUUGUAUGAGAGUACCUUGGAGUACUCAGAGAACAUGUCAAUACGAAAGUGGUGAAAUCUGAAGCGACCGGGAAAAGCCACAACACUGAGGUGUCAGUUCAACGUGUCGGACCGCUUCAAUUUCAAGCGAUCGAACCUUGAACGGAUCAGCACUGGCUUCAACUCCGCGAUGAAUACCUUGGCGUCCUCAGAACUCGCUCCAGAACAGCCCGAAGAUCUCGAGACUGUAGUCACGCUGUGGCCCACAGAGUUCAGUAAGCUAAUGGAUAGUGAAUCCCCAGAGAAUCUGGAAUUACACGCUCUCAAUAUGGACGGAGAUGUCAGUAAUGCUUCAAAUUCGAAAAGUAGCCCUAAACUUGAAUUCGAACUCCCGAUCGAAGAUUCGAAGCAGGAGUUGGGAUUUUUCGCGGAGUUCGAGUACGAGAACGAGUGCCGUAUUUGUCAUACAGAGGGGGAUGAGGUUCUCAUAAGCCCUUGCAAGUGUUCUGGUUCGACUAAAUGGGUCCACGAGUCGUGCUUGGUAUUAUGGUUUCAAGUUUCGCGGACAUCCAAAUGUGAGCUGUGUGCGGAGAAAAUCUCUGUUAAGAAAUACACGAAGCCGGUGCGAGAGUGGCGACGUCCUGACGUGAAAAGUGUCGGUCCGUGCAGCAAGGUUGACCUGUGGUAUUUAUUCGUCACCCUGUUCAGCGUGAGCACGAUCAUCGGCUUCGUUGUCUUCCAAGCGUGUGUCAAGUCGGACGAUGUCGAGUCUACCGCCGUCUUUUCCGCCAUCUACGUGCUGUGCGCCUUCAUGAUCGUACUGCGCGUUCGCUAUUUUUACCAGUGGUUCACACGGCGCAGCUUCUUCUGGCAAAAAUGGCGGCGACUUAAUCAGGAGUGGUUCAUAUCCACAGAGGGGCCCAGAUGUGAAGUGAAAACAUUGCCCCCUCAAGAUCCCGGAUGUGAGCUACAGGAAGUGCUAUCUGUUGAACCGAGUACUCUCGCGGCCCCGUCUCGAGAGGAGACAGCAAGCCCUGGGUCGAGUCCAGAGGACAGUAGUAUAGAGGAUAGCAUUCAGGGCGAGUCACGUGAUAGUUCAUUGUCUGAGUUGAUCAAGGGACGUGGUAUCGUCAUGAGCGAGUCGAUGGUUUGACGACGGUACUUGGGGGUAGUUCAUGUUGUAAACUUCGGGAAUUUUUUGCCAAUUGCUUGCGCAGGUUCGCUCUGUUGAUCACAUGGAAGGCAAAAGAAAUGUUCGACAGGCCCGUCCAUAUUACCCUGCAAAUGGGCGGCCAAUGCGUAAUACGGGUUAAAGGGUAGGUGUCGGAGAGAAGGAACAUAUACUCUUUGGAUUUGACAGACUGCCCUUAGGCGAAAUCACAGCUUAAUAUCCAUUUCAUUCGCGAAAUCUGGGAUAUUAGUCGAUACAAUCAAACAUAACAAAAAUUAGACAGAGUAUGUUUUGCAUUAGUUUUGAUAACUGUUAAAUAUAUUUAUAUAGAUCAUAUGAUCGCUAAAUGCUCUGGAAAUAAACAGAAAUCAGAUUUAA